AUGGCGCCCCCCACGUUCCGCUCCAGGGAGGCCCGCCAGCCCGGCAGCGCCUCAGCGGCAGUUGCCACCUGCACGCGGUGCCCGGAGAACGCGGCCAGGGCGCCUCCUCAGCCUGCUGAGCUGCGCCCGGAGCGCCUGAGCCCCUUCAGCGAGCUAGUCUAUACCAGCAACGACUCCUACAUCGUCCGCUCCAGGGAUCUUAAAAAGAUCCAUAAAGCUGCCUGCCUGGGCCAAGUCCAGAAGCUGGAGAAGAUGACAAAGAGGAAGAAGACCAUUACCUUAUAUAAUGACGCCCAGAAGAGGACUGCUCUACACUGGGCCUGUGUCAACGGCCAUGAGGAAGUAGUAACAUUUCUGGUAGACAGAAAGUGCCGGCUUGACGUCCUUGGUGGCGAAGACAGGACACCUCUGAUGAAGGCUAUACAAUGCCAUUGGGAGGCUUGUGCAAAUAUUCUGAUAGAUUCUGGUGCCGAUGUAAAUCUUGCAGAUGUGUAUGGCAACACGGCUCUCCAUUAUGCUGUUUAUAGUGAGAAUUUGUCAGUGGUGGCAAAACUGCUGUCCCAUGGUGCAGUCAUCGAAGUGCAGAACAAGAUAGGCUUCACACCACUUUUACUAUCCAUAACGAAAAGAAGUGUGCAAAUUGUGGAAUUUUUGCUGACAAAAGAUGCAAAUGCGAAAGCAGUUAAUAGGUGUAAAUGCAUUCAUCAACAAAUUUUGGAAUAUAUACAAAAAUUAUCUAAAAAUCAUCAAAAUACCAAUCCAGAAGGAACAUCUGCAGGAAAACCUGAGGAGGCUGCACCCUUGGCGGAAAGAACACCUGACACAGCUGAAAGCUUGGUGGAAAAACCACCUGACGAGGCUGCACCCAUGGUGGAAAGAACACCUGACACGGCUGAAAGCUUGGUGGAAAAAACACCUGACGAGGCUGCACCCUUGGUGGAGGGAACAUCUGACAAAAUUCAAUGUUUGGAGAAAGCGAACAUCUGGAAAGUUUGAACAGUCAGCA